UUUCACGCGUGACAUGAUGAGAUAGCGCACAAAAUUGCGCAUGACAUCGCGCCUGCAGCCAGUACCUGGGCGCCAUGGCCGAAACAACGGGGCCUUACCAUCAUAGGCCCCCCACCAUGGAUGACUGCCAGGUGUUGAAAAAACGUGGCUACACCCAGGGUAUCACGAUUGGAAAGGGCUCCUACGCGCGGGUCAGAGCUGCGUAUUCUGCCCGUCUCAAAAUGAACGUGGCCGUUAAAAUCAUCAACAAGCAUAAAGCGCCCAAAGACUUCUUGGACAAUUUUUUACCCCGUGAGCUUGAUAUAUUGCCAUGCCUUAACCACAAGAACAUAGUUAAAACCUACGAGAUCUUUGAAACAUCUGCUGGGAAAGUGUACAUGGUGAUGGAGCUCGGAGUCCAAGGCAACCUACUGGAGUUCAUCGAUUUCAGAGGCGCUCUUCCUGCAGACUUCGCGAGGAAACUUUUCCGUCAGAUGGCCGACGCAAUAAAAUUCAUCCACGACCAGGACAUAGUCCACCGAGACAUAAAAUGCGAGAACGUUUUGCUGGAUAAAGACUUCAACUUGAAGAUGGCUGAUUUUGGAUUUAGCCGGAGGCUUUCCUACAAUGACGCCGGCAUGAUGGAGCUCAGUAAAACUUUUUGCGGCUCGGAAGGCUACGCGGCACCAGAGGUUCUGCAGGGAAUCCCAUACGACGGAAAGCUGUAUGACGCCUGGAGCAUGGGGGUGGUUCUGUUCGUUAUGGUUUGCGGAUCCAUGCCGUUUGACGACUCGAAUGUCAAGAAAAUGAUCAAAGUUCAAAAGGCGCGACGGCUGGCAUACCCGAAGUCUAAAACAGUAGCAACUUCUUGCAAAGACCUAAUCUAUAGGAUUUUAAAUCCUGACCCAAAACAGCGCGUCACAGUUGCUCAGUUCUUAGAACACCCUUGGUUGGAGGAAGAAGACUGUGAGCCUAGCGCAAGCUCGGAUGGGCAGUCCACCGCCACCACCCCUGUCCCUCUGGAGCAAGAUGAACACACCGAGCCUCAACCAGCACCUGUUGCAGACUGAACUUUUGGUGAAUGGGUGGCCUUCAGAGAACAAGCCUCAAAAGACCAAGCAAGAAAAGUCUUUCAGAAAAAGCCAGUGAGGAAGGAGGAAGAUGAAGACAUGCCUUCACAGUGAAUUCUGGGAUACUCUUGAAAAUGAUGAAGCCAGAGGAGACUAGGCUAUGGCAGAUGCAGAUAGCUAACAUUAAAACGGUUGCCUUACA